AUGUUAGACGAUGUACCCUACAGUGACUGUGCACUAAACUCGCCGUCUCAGGCAAUAUAUGACCUACAAACUGGUCAGAAUUCAGUGCCUUUAGAUGAAGUACCUGCAAAGUCGGAAUUAAAUGCAGUCAACAAAGAACAAAUGUCGUCACUUUACUCGCAUAUCUGCUUUCAGCUGCAUUCGGUUGUGAAGGUGUUAUCAGACCUGUCUCAAGACGUUGCCAAAGCAAAUGAAGAUACAUCGGAAAUCCUCAAUGAGUUACAGAAAAAAGUUCAACCCUUUCUGGAACAUCUUGAUGAAGAAAUGACUACUUUGGAAAAAAUAACAAGAUCAAGUCUUGAUAACUCUAAAAUUAAUGAAAAACGCGUUGAAUCCUUACUUACUUUCCACAAACUCCAGCUCGAAAUGCGACGGGUUUUGCAAGAAACAUCAGGCUCCAUUUACGAAGAUAUUGAGCGUACACUUACACUGAGACAUCGUGGGUGCUGCGGAGUUAAUCUUAAAAAGGCUACAGUUGAAGCAUUGCGGCAAAUUAAACUGCAAAUGGAGUCUGCCGAAAAGUUCAUUCGGCAACAGAAAGCAGGCGGCAAUAAUUGUUAA